AUGGACGGAGUCAAUCCAUUCGUAUGGCCUGAUACACUUGUUUAUUUGUUUAUUCAACAUUCUUUCUAUCUAUAUCUCUUUUUAUACGCUUCUUUCUUUACAAUUAUUUUUUUUUAUUCUGAUUCUGCUUUAAAUGUUUCUUUAUUUCUUUCUUUUCAUUAUAAUAAUCAUUCUGUCCAAAAGCCUUUCGUUAUUCAUGCUCAAUUCAUAUGUUAUAAUCUUCUGCAUCACUUAAAUAUAUUCUUUCUUUCUUUCUUUCUUUCUUUCUUUCUUUCUUUCUUUCUUUCUUUCUUUCUUUCUUUUCAUUAUAAUAAUCCUUCUGUCCAAAAGUCUCUGGUAAUUCAUGCUAAUGUUCAUAUGUUAAUGUCUUCUGUAUCACUUGAAUUUCUUUCUUUCUUUCUUUCUUUCUUUCUUUCUUUCUUUCUUUCUUUCUUUCUUUCUUUUCAUUAUAAAAAUCAUUCCGUUCAAAACUUUUUGUGUAACUUAAAUGUUUUCUUUCUUUCACUUCAUCGUAAUAAUAAUUCCGUCCAAAGGUUCUUGGUAAUUAAUGCUGACUUUCGUAUGUUAUAUAUUUCUGCAUCCAUUGAAUCUCUUCUUUCUUUCUUUCUUUCUUUCUUUCUUUCUUUCUUUCUUUCUUUCUUCUCAAAUGUCUUUGGUAAUUCAUUCUAA